AUGGACCAGUUGGAAGUGAAAGAAGUAUGUUCCACUUCAAGCGAAAGUUUCUCUUCUUCAAGUGAAGAUGAUGAUGAAUCUCUUGUAACGGAAAGAAAAUUGGACGACCAGAAGACAGUUUGCUUUGAAAAUAGAAAGCAACAGGAGAAUAAGUUGAAACGUACGAAACGUGAAUUGCAAGCAGAACAUGCAGCGAAGCAUGAACGGGAUCGCAUGAGUAUGGUAUUGCCAGAUCCGGCACGGGAUCGAGAGCGGGAACGCAAUUUUGUUCAUCUUGCAACGAAAGGUGUUGUCCAACUGUUUAACGCAGUGGCUGCACGACAGAAAGAGUUAAACAAUGCAUCAGCAGCAAGUAUGACAAGCAAGAAACGACGGUUACGCAAUAUUUCUGCAGAGAACUUCAAAAGGAAAUUAGUAGAAUCAAGCAUAGUUAAGGAUGAGGUGAGUGAUACAAAAGAUUGGUUAUCCGAUGAUCAAGUGACGAUUAAAUCUGAAACAGAGGACUUAGAUACCUCGGGAAUAAGGACAAAAUCAGAGAGUGAUUCGGAAUGA